AUGAUUGCCAGCACUUGGCCAGAUGGGACCUCCUCAGUGACAGGCCCGAAAAGCACUUCCCGGCUGACACCUGAGGGCCUUAACCGGACUCUUUCCUAUCCCUGCACUCCACGACCAAUAGGUAAGGAUACACCUGAUGGCAUCCUUGGAAAAGACAAAACCUACUUCUCUAGCUUCCGCACCACAGUAGAUAGUACCAGAACAACUGGGGUCAUACUACUGGGAGCAUCUAACACACGACCACUACGUCUGCAACCGGCGUACCGCCAAGCGGCCCCGGCCACCAGCCCAUGUAGUCAUUGCCUGAAGGAGGCAGACCACCAGCCCGUAGUACCAUUUUUGGACCUAAGGUCCCAGAGGCCAUGA